AAUUUUGGAAGCUGCUAUUACAUGCACAACAUAGCUCAGGAGAUUAAUAUGGGUGCGCUGUUUCGCAGUGAGGAGGUGUGUCUUGUCCAGCUUUUUCUCCAAUCAGGAUCAGCCUACAACUGUGUCAGUGAACUGGGAGAGCUGGGAUUGGUUGAAUUCAGAGAUCUGAACCCAAAUGUCAAUGCAUUUCAGAGAAAGUUUGUGGGUGAGGUGAGAAGAUGUGAGGAGAUGGAGAAGACCUUCUCCAUCCUUGAACAGGAAAUUAACCGCUCUCUGUCACCCCCCCUGGAGGGUCCACUUCCACCCCCUUGUCCUGCCCCGUCAGCCCCCCAGCCCAGAGAAUUGCUGACCAUUGAGGAGGAGAGCGAGAGACUUGCAAGAGAGCUGAAAGAGGUUUCUCGGAACAGAGACAGCCUCCGGGCACAACUGACCCAGCUCAGUCAGUACAGAGGAGUGCUCACACAGACGCACUCCCUUACCGCCUCACAGGCCCCACCCCCCAGCCUGGAAUCUUCAGGCUUACUGGACAACAGACAGGACAUCCGACUCAGUUUUGUGGCAGGUGUGGUCCACCCUUGGAAAGCCCCAGCAUUUGAACGGUUACUAUGGCGAGCUUGUCGUGGUUACAUCAUCGUGGAUUUUCGGGAGAUGGAAGAGAAGAUGGAGCUUCCAGAUACUGGGGAGAUGGUGCAGUGGACAGUUUUCCUCAUCUCCUAUUGGGGGGACCAGAUUGGCCAGAAGGUGAAGAAGAUCUGUGAUUGCUUCCACACUCACACCUUUGCAUACCCAGAGAGCCCUGCGGAGAGGAUGGAGAUUCUACAGGGGUUGGAGGGCAGGAUCAAAGACAUUAAAACGGUGCUGUCCCAGACGGAGCAUUACCUGCAGCAGUUGCUGGCCCGUGCGGUGGCUGUCCUACCCCAGUGGAAGGUCCGGGUCCAGAAAAGCAAGGCGGUCCAGAUGGUUCUGAACCUCUGCAGCCCGUCCGUCACGGACAAGUGCCUUAUCGCGGAGGCCUGGUGCCCCAUCAGCCAGAUACCUGCGCUGCAGAGCGCUCUGAGAGAAGGAUCGAGGAUGAGUGGUAGUGGGGUGGAGUCCUUCUACAACCGUCUCCCCUCCCCCACUGCGCCCCCCACACUCUUCACCACUAACUCCUUCACUGCUGGAUUCCAGAGCAUUGUGGAUGCCUAUGGCGUGGCCAGCUACAGAGAGGUAAACCCAGCGGUGUAUACUAUAAUCACCUUCCCCUUCUUAUUUGCUGUCAUGUUUGGGGACGUGGGGCAUGGUCUUCUCAUGACUGUGGUGGCACUGUGGAUGGUCCUGGAGGAGAAGGACCCUAAAUUGAGGAACAACACAAACGAGAUCUGGAGGAUGAUGUUUGGGGGCAGAUAUCUGAUUCUACUAAUGGGUCUGUUCUCCAUCUACACUGGAGCCGUGUACAACGAAUGCUUCAGCCGUGGACUAAGUCCUUUCACCUCCGGCUGGCACCUGCAGCCCAUGGUCCAACACUUUAACUGGAGUGAUGACACCCUCAGGCAGUACCAGUAUCUUCAGCUGGACCCUAGUGUGGAGGGCGUCUUUCAGGGCCCAUACCCCUUUGGCAUAGACCCGAUCUGGAGAUUAGCCAGUAACCAUCUGACCUUCCUCAACUCCUAUAAAAUGAAGAUGUCUGUGAUCAUUGGUGUCAUACACAUGACAUUUGGAGUCUGCUUGUCCUUCUUCAACUACACGCACUUUGGGGAGAUCAGCAGUGUGUUCCUGGUGUUGAUUCCAGAGCUUGUUUUUAUGCUGUGCCUCUUUGGUUAUCUGGUCUUUAUGAUCAUAUAUAAAUGGAUUGUCUUCGGGCCACUAGAGUCCAGGAAUGCCCCUAGCCUCCUCAUUCACUUUAUCGACAUGUUCCUGUUCACACAGAACGCAGAGAACCCCCUGCUCUACUCUGGACAGUUUACGGUACAGAUGGGGCUGGUCAUACUUGCUGUGUGCUCGGUUCCUGUCCUACUCCUGGGGAAGCCAGUACACCUUCUUAUCAGGCACCGAAACAAACCCCGCCACACAGGUGAACGGCGCUCUCUGCUGUCGGAAAGUGGCUCCAUCAAUGCCCUGCCUGGAGAUGUAGAGGAGGGAAGGCAAGGUGAACCAGAGAAGGAGUUUAAUAUGUCUGAGGUGUUUAUGCACCAGGCCAUCCACACCAUAGAGUACUGCCUGGGCUGCAUCUCCAACACCGCCUCCUACCUACGACUGUGGGCCCUCAGCCUGGCACACUCACAGCUAUCGGAGGUGCUGUGGGUGAUGGUAAUGAGGAUCCCAUUUCAACAGCAAGGCUACGUGGGCUCAGUGGUGCUGGCGGUGGUGUUCUCCUUCUUUGCGCUGCUCACUGUCGGCAUCCUGCUGGUGAUGGAGGGCCUCUCCGCUUUCCUGCACGCGCUUCGUCUGCACUGGGUGGAAUUUCAAAACAAAUUCUACAGCGGAACGGGCUACAAACUCAACCCCUUCUCCUUCUCUGUGAUAAUAAACGCUUCCUUAACCAAUUAAUAAUGGUUGCCAAUUAAAAGUUCAAAUUACUAGAUUAUUUUCUUUGUACUUAUGAUCAUGUGGUCCUGAUGACAUACUUAAGACUGAUUGUUUGUUCUUGUCACAGAUUAAAUUUUGAUAUUAUUUGAGGCUAUUAUUUUUUUUUUUACACAUCAUUUAAGAUAUGAUUCACUGGUGCAAAUCACAAAAACACUGGAAGAUUUUUCAACCCACGUUUCUUUCAAUAUAACGCCAUGUUCCCUUUUUUUUAUUUGUUGAAUUUGCAUUAAACAUUUGAAAGUGUGUCA